AGCGGGCGCGCGUCCUCUGCUCGUGGGGCGAGUCGGAUCCGACCGCUGCGGCCGUCGGUUCCAGAGUCGAGAUCCGCUCUCUGGUCUCGCGGCCGUCGAUGAACGGCAAGGUCGGCGUCAUCGUCUCCGCAAACGCUUCGACGGCCCGCUUCGGCGUGCGCGUGGCGGGCGAGGCCAAGGCGCUCGCACUGAGGCGCGCAAUGCAAUGGUCUCUCCCCGACUCGCCGGAGCCUCUCUUGAAUACCCCAUGCCUCUGCCCUCCCUCAGGCCGGCCAACUUGCAGCCAGCGGCCGAGGCGGUGGAGGUGGGCAGGCUCAUCCUCAAGGCGGCGGAGUGGUCGCCGCAGUCGCACGAGCUCUUCCCGGAGCCGGCUCGCAAGCGGGCGGUCGAGGUGAUGCGGCUGGGCUACCUGAUCGCCUGGGACGAGGCGCGCUUCGACAGCCGCGAGGGAGCGGCUCCAGAGCUGGCUGACGUCUGGCGCGGCUUUGUGCUGCCAAGGGUGGUGGUGCGACUGACUGCACAAGCCACAACGGUCCUGUGU